AUGAAGAAAGCCAUUCACUCAGCAGGCUUUGAACACCGGAACGCAACCGUCUGCUUCACCACCGAGGCCGAGGCGGCUGCCAUGUAUGCAGCCCAUGAAAGCGGAUUCAACAUGAGACAGUUCAGCGAGGAGCUUCAAAUGGUUACCCGCGCCAAAAGGAGUUUCGGAUUCUUUGGUAGCUCGUUCUCCGAAUGGGCCCAGAAGGCUUUUCCAGCUGGCCCUGGCUCGGUCAUUGAUCCGAAUUGGGGGGAUCUGCCAUCGGAAGUAAUCGAAGCGUCUUACAUUAGCCUUGUCACGAAAACCGUUGGCUACAUUCGACAGCAGGUGGACUGCGCAACUAUAUACGUGGGUCGAGAUGUGAUUAAAAAGCUGCUGUUGGUCGGGGGGCUGACGCAGUCCCCUGAAAUCUCGGCCAGAAUUCGAAAUAUCGUUGAAAACGAGUUCCAUAUCACGGUCUACCUGCCCAUAGAUGUGUAA